AGAAAGGUACGCAUGAGUGAAUCGUCCCAUCUUGGGAAAUUGUGGGUGCGCGCAGUGAUCAGUGCAGGCUGCAAAGUGAAGGGCCAAGGCCGAGUUCUCACCUCCGCCAGGCAUUGGUAAAUUGGUCGAAUAAACUCGCAUGCUCUUUCCCCCGAAACGGCUCCAUUAGCACUGUCACCGCUUUAACAGAGCUCCAUCAACCAAGUUGGAUAUUUUUUCUCUUCUCAAUUUGUAAUAUAUUUGAAGCCCUAGUUUGUUUGUUUGUUUGUUGGUAAUGUGGUGUUAAUUGUCGAGUUUCGUGGUGGUAUGAGUUGUAGGUCAGCUUGACGUUUUUGGAGAUAUCUGAGAUACGUAGGUGAAUUUUAUGCUCAUAUGAAUGUUGUGCUGAUAAUGAAAGAGUAAAUGGCCUCUUCCAUUUGACCCUAACUAAGUUGCUGGAUGACGUUUUUGAGGAUAUAUAUAUCUCCCAUAGGGUUGUUUUUUGAGUAGACUUGGUUUGAAACCCUAGUUAGGAUGGGGGAGGAAGGCAGUGGGAAUAAUGCUAGUGCAAAGCGGAAGCCAAAGGCUACCGAGAUGGAAUUUGAUUCAGGAGAUGAUGAGCCGAUUGGGUCUCUCUUUAAGUUGAAAGGCAAGAAAUAUAAGACCAGAGUAGAAUUGAGUGGGGUUAGAGAUAUGGUUAUGGGGGCACAGGGCGUGACGAAGAAAUAUGCAGUCAAGGACGAGGAUUUGGCGGGUAUGGAUGAUACAUUGGCUAGUUUUUGUAAAAAGUUGAAAGUUCACAAGAAGGAAUGUGUGUUGGUGCCUUCUGAAGGAGAUAAAUUAUACUGUGGCACAAAGCUAACGGUCUACUCUCCAACUGCCCUUGUGAAGAAUGAAUAUUUAACUGCAGAGACGUCUUCAAAGGCUGUGGAUAAAGAACAGAGGGAUGGCUAUGUUCUACGCGAUGAGGCAGUUAGUAAAGGGCUUGAAAAAGAGGGCAAAAGGAAAAACAAGAGGCCUCAUGCUGCGUCUACUACAGGAACAGUUCUUUCUCAGUCUGACCAUGCUGAUAUUUCAGUGGCUCAGGAAUCUAUAAAGAAAGAUUUUAGAAAAACUUCUUGUUCAGAUGAUAUUUUAGAAGAAUCAUUGUCUGCUUUCUUACGAAGGUCUGAAUUGUCAAAGAAAUCCCGCAGUCCUUUAUAUUUGAAACCAGGGAAGGUAAUUGAUUCAUCUGUUAAUAACUUAAGCUCUAGUGGCAUCUCUGAGGAUACCAUGUCCAUAUCAGCAAGGACAUCAAAUGAAUUUGUCCAGGAAUUUCCUGGAUGUGGUUCACUAGAUAUGUUUUCAAAGAAUGGUUGUACCUUCCACCAUGGCGAUCCUUCUAAAGCAGUUUCAGAAAAUCCAGUUCUCACUUCAAUAGACAAAGGUCCUGAUCUUGGGUUGCAGGUUUGUAAGAUCCGAAGUGUACAAUGUGAUGAAGUUGAUCAUUUGACUUCAUGUAAUCAGGAUGGUGUCAUACUGGAGGCCCAUAACAUAAUGGAGCAUUGUCCUGUCUAUUGUCAAGGAUUUGCAUCUGAGGAUAGUUUGGAGGACCCCCCUACCAGAAAAUCAGGUCAAUGCAAUGCUUAUGAAAACAAAAAAACAGUUGAGGAAAUUUGUGCAUUAAAGGGGAACACUAACAUCAAUUUGGACAACCUGCGGAAUGUCCAUGCACUAAGUACAGAUGACGAUGUGCAGUUUUCAGAUCUUAAAAUGGACACACAGUCUUGUUCUCGUAACGAAGAGUUAAAUGGAUAUGCUGAAAAUACAUUGCAGAAAAUCACUGGAAAUGUCAGUGGUGAAACUUUAUUGCCUUGUAGUAGCAUUUUAGCAGGAUCAUCUGCAAUCAAAGGAAACCCAGAUAUGUCUCUACAAGAUUCUGUCAAACUUGAGUCCAAGACAAUUCAAAAAGAUCUGGGGCACAAUCAGGAUCAUUCAUUGGGUGCUGUUGGUGCCUUAUAUACACAAGUUACUGCUGAUGGUUUUCUGCAUUCAGUACAAAAUACUAUUAAUUGUGUGAAUGAGCCACUUGCCUCACUAUCUUCAGGCAAAAAAGAUGCUUCGGCAUAUAGUGAAAUGAAGUCUGAGGAUGGUGAUGACUCUUAUGCUAAUUCCAAAGAAGUAGUUCCAAAAAGUUUUGUUACUGCAGCAGAAAAGUGCAAUUCUGUGAGCCAUCACAUCCAAUUGCUCGAUGAGGUUGGCGGAGGGACAUCUUCCCAAAGCCAUGAUUUUCAAGUUGGACAUGAGUUGUAUAAUCAAUCUGCUUCACCUUCAAAUACACGCGGAAAUGAUGAAGUAGAGACAGAGUCGAUGCCUGAUGAGACUCCUGAAAGUAAGGAUGAGAGAGUGAUCGGUCGUCAACGUGCUGCAAGAAACACAAAAAGGCGCAGGCAUUGGGACAUGGCCUAUGAGGGGGAUGUUGACUGGGAGAAUCUUGUGCGCGGGCAAGACUUUUUAAUCAGCCAUCAAAAUGGUGAUGCUGGGCAAAUCAAACAAAGGGAAAAGCCUGAUUAUUCUUCAUUGCUAAUUCUGGAUGAUGAAAAUGGAGGAGCUGCAGCUGUUUCUGUUGGUCUGAAAGCUCGUGCUGUCACUCCAAUUGAAAAGAUAAAAUUUAAGGAUGUACUGAGGCGCAAAGGUGGGAUUCAAGAAUAUCUACACUGCAGGAACCAUAUUUUGAGCCUUUGGAACAAAGAUAUUAGUCGCAUUUUACCUCUUUCAGAGUGUGGAGUGUGUGAUGCCAAUUUGGUUGUUGUAUCCCCCCUUGCUUCACUAAUCAAGGAUGUUUAUACAUUUCUGAAUCAAUGUGGUUAUAUUAACUUUGGCAUUGCUUCCAGAAAGGAUAUAUCUGGAAGUGUCCAUGAGCACAACUUGAAAAUAUCAAAAGAAGAAAAGGUCACCGAAAAAUGUGGAGCUUCUAUUGCUGAAUCAGAUGAUGGAGUUUCUUUUAUCAUGGGGCAGCUUAAGAGUUCUGAAAUUGUUGCUACAAAGAGUGGUAUUUUAUCUAACAAUGAAAAAUGCACAGAAAAGUAUGAAAAGGAUACACCGACUGUUGAUAUCCCGACCUCAGAAUUGUUGACAUCAACAGGACAUGAAGGAUGUCCUUCUGAUGGCUACCGGGGCGAUGGUUGUGAUUCAUUGGUUAGUUCAGAUAGUAUGAUGCCGGACAUCUCUGUAAAGGAUGAUGAUGGAAAAGUGCAGCAUGUCUUGGAUCCAAAUCCAUUUUCUCCGAAUCAUGAGGCUAGUAAGACAACUGUCUUGCAAUCUGAGUUUUCUAAAUGUCCACAUGCUUUUGAAACAUACACUAAGGAUGCCGAUAAUCAAGUUCUGUGUGAUGCCGAAACCAAGAAAGUAAUUAUAAUUGGAGCUGGGCCUGCUGGCUUAACUGCAGCAAGUCAUUUGCAGCGCCUAGGUUAUCAUGUAACUGUGCUUGAGGCAAGGAGCAGAAUAGGAGGCCGUGUUUUUACUGACCGUUCUUCUCUCUCUGUCCCAGUCGAUGUUGGUGCUAGCAUAAUUACUGGUAUUGAGGCAGAUGUUGCGACUGAAAGAAGACCAGAUCCUUCUUCCAUUAUUUGUGCACAAUUGGGACUUGAGUUGACUAUUCUUAACAGUGAUUGCCCUCUCUAUGAUAGUGUAACUGGUGAGAAAGUUCCUGCACAUUUGGAUGAAGCACUUGAAGCAGAAUACAAUAGCUUACUGGAUGACAUGUUGUUGCUGGUUGCUCAGAAGGGGGAACAUGCAGAGAAAAUGUCUCUUGAAGAUGGCUUAGAAUAUGCUCUCAAAAGGCGUCGUAUGGCUCUUUCUGGAAGAAAGUAUUUAGGUAGCAAACACAAUUCUUUGGAUACUGUGACAAAUAGUAUGAUGCUUUCUGAUUCUGAUGAAGUUUGUGACACUCAUUAUCCUAAAGGUGAUGUUCUGAGCCCUCUCGAGAGAAGGGUUAUGAAUUGGCAUUUCGCAAACUUGGAAUAUGGGUGCGCUGCAUUGCUCAACGAAGUCUCUCUACCUCAUUGGAAUCAAGAUGAUGUGUACGGAGGUUUCGGAGGAGCUCACUGCAUGAUUAAAGGGGGUUAUAGCACUGUUGUUGAAUCACUUGCAAAAGGCCUUCAAAUACACUUGAAUCACGUCGUAACUGAUAUUGUGUAUGAGAUGGAGGGGAGUGCAACCCGUGAUACAUUGAUCAACAAGGUCAAGAUUUCCACAUCCAAUGGAAAAGAGUUCUCUGGGGAUGCAGUCCUGAUUACGGUACCACUUGGGUGUCUUAAGGCAGGAGCAAUUAGCUUUACGCCUCCCCUGCCCCAUUGGAAAUCUUUGUCAAUUCAACGGCUUGGAUUUGGUGUUCUUAAUAAAGUGGUUUUGGAGUUUCCUGAAGUGUUUUGGGAUGACUCAGUUGAUUAUUUUGGUGCAACUGCUGAACAAACAGACCUGAGAGGACAGUGCUUCAUGUUCUGGAACAUUAAAAAAACUGUUGGUGCACCUGUUUUAAUAGCCUUGGUGGUUGGAAAAGCUGCUGUAGAUGGCCAACAUAUUAGCUCAUCUGAUCAUGUGAACCAUGCUGUAAUGGUUCUUCGCAAACUAUUUGGUGAAAGCAUGGUACCUGAUCCAGUAGCUUCUGUGGUGACAGAUUGGGGAAGGGACCCAUACAGCUAUGGGGCUUACUCUUAUGUCGCUGUGGGGUCAUCUGGAGAAGAUUAUGACAUAUUAGGGAGGCCUGUUGGGAACUGCCUUUUUUUUGCUGGUGAAGCUACCUGCAAAGAGCAUCCUGAUACUGUUGGUGGUGCAAUGAUGAGCGGGCUUCGGGAGGCUGUGCGUAUUGUUGACAUAUUGACGACAGGUACUGAUUUCACUGCAGCGCUGGAGGCCAUGGAUGAUGCAAACAGACAUUUGGAUGUUGAAGAGAGUGAAAUUGGAGACAUCACAAAGAGACUUGAUGCAGUAGACCUUUCAAAUGUCAUGUGUAAGAAAUCUUUAGAUGGUACCCAGAUUCUAACCAGGGAUUUGCUGUGGGACAUGUUUUAUAAUGCUAAAACAACAGCUGGAAGAUUACAUUUGCUCAAGGAAUUGUUGAAUCUUCCUGUGGACAUUCUAAAAUCAUUUGCUGGAACCAAAGAAGGUCUCAUCACACUUAAUUCGUGGAUAUUGGAUUCUCUAGGAAAAGAUGGGACUCAGCUCUUGCGCCAUUGUGUUCGUCUACUUGUACUUGUUUCAACUGAUUUAGUUGCUGUGCGUUUAUCUGGCAUUGGGAAAACUGUAAAAGAAAAAGUGUGUGUGCAUACAAGCCGUGAUAUUCGUGCUAUAGCAAGCCAACUUGUAAAUGUGUGGAUAGAAAUAUUUAGAAAGGAGAAGGCUUCCAAUGGUCUAAAGCUGUUGAGGCAAUCAACUAUUUCUCACCCACCGAAGAGCAAAACUGGUAUUGCAUCUGGAAAACCUCCUUUACGUACAACCUGCAUGACUCCCGAAAGCAAACGAAGCUUGGGAAUUGUAACUGCUGCUGGAAGCCAAGCACACUUGAAUUCGAACAAUAGAAAAGUGGAGCUAAAGCCAUCAAAGUUGGAAGGUGCGGCUGACUCGAAAUCAGAUGUUGAACCACCAAGCUCUCAAGGUUCGGUAGAAAGGCAAAAUACGACAGUUAUUGGAAGCCAGAAUUUCCCAUUGUCUGAUGAGGAAAAGAAUGCUAUUGCUGCCGCAGAAGCAGCUCGUACUGCUGCUCGUGCAGCUGCUGAGGCUUAUGCUUCUUCUGGUGCCAAGUAUAAUACAACAUUGCUGCUUCCAAAGAUACCAUCAUUUCACAAAUUUGCUAGGCGGGAACAAUAUCCAACAAUGGAUGAGUCUGAUAUCAGAAGGAAUUGGUCUGGUGGUGCCUUAGGAAAGCCAGAUUGCUUAUCUGAAAUUGAUUCUAGGAAUUGCAGAGUACGGGAUUGGUCUGUUGAUUUUUCUGUAGCUGGCGUCAACCUUGAUGCUUCCAGAAUGUCUAUAGACAAUCGUUCACAGCAUAGUCUCUCAAAUGAUAAUAAUGCAUGCCAGUUCAACUUCAGAGAGCACUCUGGAGAAAGUGCUCCUGUGGACAGCAGCAUAUUAACUAGAGCAUGGGUUGAUAGUUCAGAUAGUCUAGGAAAGGAUUACAAUGCAAUUGAGAUGUGGCAAUGUCAAGCAGCAGCAGCUAAUUCAGAUUUCUAUGGCCGGACGUUGCAAGUGGUGGAUGAGGAAGAUUCGAACAUGAGCUCAAAAAUACCUACAGAAAAGCAUGAUGUGCUGGCUAAUGAGAGCUCUGCUUCUCACGUUACAGUAACUAAGGCAAGACACAAUCAACCAAGAGGAGCGGAAAAAAUUAAGCAGGCUAUUGUGGAUUAUGUUGCAUCUUUAUUGAUGCCUCUUUAUAAAGCUAGAAAGAUUGACCGAGAAGGCUACAAGUCGAUAAUGAAGAAAACUGCCACCAAGGUCAUGGAGCAGGCCACAGAUGCAGAAAAGGCAAUGACAGUUGAGGAGUUUCUAGAUUUUAAACGGAAAAACAAGAUCCGAGCCUUCGUGGACACAUUGAUCGAGAGGAAUAUGGCCAUGAAAACGGGAGCAAAAUCACGAGCAGCCUGAUGGCCAAUCUUAAAUUUUGGUGCUUAUGCAAGUAUGCAAGAUGAAGAAAGUUAUCUUCUAUGCCUCAUGCAAGAAGAUUUUUCCUUCAUAGAUAGCAUCACAGGUCAACGUGACGGGUUUCAAGGAACCUGCCAGUUUGUGUUAGUAAUCAUUAGCCCUGAUUGUUUGUCCUCCAUGUAUAUAUGCACAACAUGGACAAGAAACAGCUCUUUUGAGGUGGCAAAGGCCCCAUCGAUCAUCUGGCAGACUGUGAAGUAUAUUCAACUCAUUUUGUUGUUGUGCCUGUUAGGCACCUGGAGGAAUGGUGCUUCUCGUCAAUUGAUCUUGGAAAUUGUUGGUCAGGGUGUUGAACCUAAAUAUUGUAUCUUUUAGCUUUAGGAAAGAAAGAGGAGCCCUGAAAUUUUCUUUUUGAGAUUUCACGAUAGAUUAAAACUGACUUGUUUUCUGACACUUCAUUUAGUCAUGAGAUUGUACAGCUUAGGACCAUUAUCAUGAGUUCAAAUAUACAAAAGUUUAUUCUUGGUCUUUCAAGUCUACUAUUAUUCACAAGCUGCCUUAAUAUAUUGAAACAUAUAAAUUCA